CGGCGGAGCGGAGGCGGAAGCCGCGCCGAUGAGCUGUGCGCGCUGGGCAGCGGCUGUGCGGAGCCCCGCGCUGGGCCGAGUGACCCCGGCCGGCCAAGGAUGAUUACGAACACGCGGGGCUUCCUGUGGUCGGAUCUGGAGACGCGGGCGCUGCUGGAGAUCUGGGGCGAGGCGGACGUGCAGUCGGCGCUGGACGGCAACUUUCGGAACAGCCAUGUGUACCGGGACGUGGCAUGCCGCCUGGCCGAGCUGGGCUUCGAGCGCACCCCCGAGCAGUGCCGCAUCCGCAUCAAGGGCCUCAAGCGGCAGUACUACCAGGCCCGGGACGGGCUGAAGAAGAACGGGCACGCCCGCAAGAUAUGCAAGUACUACGACGAGAUGGACCGGAUCCUCAGCUGCCGGGGGGGGCCCGAGGGCGCCCCCGAGCCGCUGGCCCCGCCGCCCGACGGCGCCCACCCGCCCGCGGGGCCGCUGGCCGCGCCGCCCACGCCGGGCACGCCGCACAACAGCCGCUCGCUGGACGCCGAGCUGGACGAGGACGCCGGGCCGGAGUCCCCCCGGGACAACUUCACCGAGGAUUCCGGCGAGUGCUCUUCCUACGCCGACCACCCCAUCAAGGUGGAGUGCCCAUCCUUCGCCAUCCCCGUGCCGCCGGGGGACGGCUUUAAAGAAGUCAGUGCUCCAACUAUUACCCCACCUCUCAAUCAGCCCAAAAGAUCAAAAAAACGCCAUACCAAUUUGACAUUGGAUAAAAUGAUGGAAAAGUUCCUGCAGCAGAGCAUGGAUACAGACGAGAAGUUUUACAGAUUCGAAGAGCAGAGGCUCAAAAUUGAGGACAAGCGUCGGGAAGCGGAGCAUGCUCGAGAACUCCAGAUGUUACAGAUGUUGGGACAGAUGUUGGCUGGAAUUUCUUCUUCGGUAUCACAGAGGUCACAGUCUAUACCAGCAAGUCCACCUCGGAGAGCGAACCAUCGUUCAUAUGCGGAUAACUUUAAUUAUAAUGCUAUGACAGCAACACUUUCUCCACCGAUAGUUAUAGAGAGGUCUUUUUCACUGCACAGAACACACACUCUGAAGGAUAUGGAGAAUAUUUUCCAGCUGGUGCGCAAUGUUAUCCCUCCUCUCACAGGGAAAAAGCAUAAAGGUCAAGAUGGUCGUAUAGGCAUUGUUGGAGGAUGUCGAGAAUACACUGGAGCACCAUAUUUUGCUGCAAUUACAGCCCUCAAAGUGGGUGCAGAUUUAUCCCAUGUGUUUUGUACCAAAGAUGCAGCAACGGUAAUCAAAUCAUAUAGUCCAGAGCUGAUUGUUCAUCCAGUUCUUGAUAGUCCCAAUGCUGUCCAUGAGGUGGAAAAGUGGUUACCACGGCUGCACUCGGUUGUCAUAGGACCUGGCUUAGGCAGAGAUGAAGUUCUGCUUGAGAAUGCUAAGGGUAUUAUAGAGAAAUCGAAAAUGAAAGGAAUUCCUAUCAUUAUUGAUGCAGAUGGACUGUGGCUCAUUUCCCAGCAGCCUUCUCUUAUCCAAGGCUACCAGCGAGCUAUUCUUACUCCAAACUACAUGGAGUUCAGUAGACUGUAUGAGGCCAUGCUUAGAGACCCCGUAGACAGUAGUGAUCAUCAUGGAUGUGUGCUAAGACUCAGCCAAGCCAUGGGGAAUUUGACAGUUGUGCAAAAGGGAGAAAGAGAUCUUAUUUCAGAUGGAGAGAAGGUUCUUGUGUGCAGCCACGAAGGGAGCAGCCGGAGAUGUGGUGGGCAGGGGGACCUCCUUUCUGGUUCUCUUGGAGUCUUGGCACACUGGGCAUUUGUUGCUGGAGCUGAAAAAACAAAUGGUCAAAAUCCCUUUCUAGUGGCUGCAUUUGGAGCUUGCUCUCUUACAAGGCAGUCUAACCAGCAAGCCUUUCAGAAAUUUGGACGUUCAAUGACAGCCUCUGACAUGGUUUCAGAAGUUGGAACAGCUUUUAACAAACUUUUUGAAACCUGAAGCCAAAGCAGCAGAGAAGAAAAGAACAAUGACUGCAAGAGUAAUUAUAUGUACCGUAGAAUUUACAUAAUGCACCCUUUCAAGUGCUGUAGCAGCAUUGGUAUGUUAGGUAGAUUUUUUUAUUUUUAAGAAUAGAAAAAAUAUGAUUAAUGUAGAUAUUUUUUAAGAGUUUGGAAUACAAAAAUGUUUUGGCUGAAAUAAGCUGUAGUUGCAGAUCUGUUAUAAUAUAAUAAAACUAAACUGAAAGUAUUCCUCUGUUCUUUUUGAUAGUUAUUGAGCAAUAACUAAAGUGUGAACAGCAAAAAAAAAUGCACUUGAUACUUAGAUAAAAUUCUUCCACCAGCUCAACUGAAUUUCUUGGAUUUCACCAAGGUUGUCACUUGUCAUUCUUAGACCCUCUGUCUAGAAUUAGCUAUUGCACUUCAUUUUUUGCCAUGCUAGUAGAGUAAGAAGCAAAAAGUAAGCCUCUUUGGAAAGGGAAUGCAUGAGAGUUGCUGUAGAUUUUGAAUGUAAUUAGUUGCCUUUUCCCAUUCCUGGUCCUAGAGGCAGCAUUCAUUUAGACAAGGCAUCCCUUCCUGCAAUGUCCUGUUAUUUUCUUUUUAAAGGUUCUCCCUUGGCAGAAUAAAGAUAUGCUAUAGGUAUCACGGCAGUAAAAUUCUUUAAACAAUAAUUACGCUUACCUGGAAAAGAAAUAAAUUUCUGUUUCUUUAUCUG